CUGUGGAGCCAUCCAAGGAAAAGAAGCGCACGCGCAGAGGUGGCUCACUCAUCCGUGAUAGGCGAGACAGUGAUGUACGCCGAGAUAACCCCUCAGACACCCGCAGAGACUCAGCCUACGACCAUCGCAGAGACGGAACAGACCCCAGACGGGAGAUAG